CGAGCGGCCCGGGCCGGGCAGCGCCGCCCGCAUCCCCCGCACGGAGCUGCCGGGCCGGGGCAGGGAACCGAGAACCGGGGACUGAGAGCCGCGCUCCGGGGCCGCGAUGGAUCUGGCGGAGGCGCUGCCCCUCGGGGAGCUGGCGGCCGCCUUCGCCGCGCUGCCGGUGUUCCCGCUCUUCGACACCGCCUACUUCAUCAUCUCCGUCCUCUACCUCAAGUACGAGCCCGGAGCCGUGGAGAUGUCCCGGAGGAGCCCUUUUGCCUCCUGGCUCUGUGCCAUGCUCCACUGCUUUGGGAGCUACAUCCUGGCUGACCUGCUGCUGGGAGAGGCUCCCAUUGCCUACUUCAGCCACAACUCCAGUGUCAUCCUGGCCACAGCAGUGUGGUACCUGAUAUUCUUCUGCCCCAUGAACCUCUUCUACAAGUGUGUCAGCUUCCUGCCCGUGAAGCUGAUCCUGGUGGCCAUGAAGGAGGUGGUGCGGGUGCGCAAGAUCUCGGCCGGGGUGCACCACGCCCACCACCUGUACCACCACGGCUGGUUCGUCAUGAUGGCCACGGGGUGGCUCAAAGGUUCUGGUGUGGCCUUGAUGUCAAACUUUGAGCAGCUGCUGCGUGGGGUCUGGAAGCCUGAAACAAAUGAAAUUCUUCAUAUGUCCUUCCCUACAAAGGCCAGUCUGUAUGGCACAGUCCUCUUCACCCUGCAGCAGACCCACUGGCUCCCCAUCUCUGAAGCCAACCUCAUCUUCUUUUUCAGCAUGUUCAUGAUAGUCUGCAAGGUUUUCAUGACGGCCACUCACUCCCACGCCUCACCCUUUGCUCCUCUGGAGAACCUCAUCUGCCCUGUCCUCUUUGGCCCUGUCUCCAGUGGCCACCCAAGCCACCACCACGACCACCACGAGGUUUCCCACCCUCCUCCUCCUCCUCCUCCUGCCAAGUCCAAAGAGGAGCUGAACGAAGGCACCAGGAAAAGGAAGGCAAAAAAAGCUGAGUAAAAAAAGCGACGGCGCAGAAAAUAGGCCAAGAAAAUUCUUCCAGAGCUGAGUCUCAGAGCCACCUGUGACCUCCUUUAUGCUCCAGUCCGUCUCUCUCAGACUCCCAGAGGAGAGGUGGAAGCCAGGACACUGCCAGCUGGGUCCCUGAAUUUCAUUUUUGCUCUCUGUGCUGCUGCUUGCUUCUUGGUCUCUGCCUCUCUCUAUUCUGAUCAGGUUUUCAGGGAUUUGGAGGUUUGUGCCAGGGUGGGGAGUGGGUGCCACUUCCCAAACUGGCACCAAAUCUGAUGCAGCAUUUUCAAUUGAUGUAAAAUCUUUCACUGUGUUUAUUUAUGAAUGGUUUGUGCUCCUGCAACUCUUAAGUUCCUUGGAAUUUUCACUGACCUUUUCAGUGUCUGCCAAAGCAACAAACUGUUGAGGCACAAUGUGAAAAUCAGGUUUCAUACUCAAGGAAAUUGAAUGUUCUGGUAUGAGCCUGCUCUGGUUUAUCCCAGCUCCCACAGCUGCCAUAUGUCCAAGCAAUGUGACAUUUUAAAUGCAAUAAUGACAUGGCCUUUGAGCCAAACCCUGUUCACCUCAGUUCCCUCUCAUUCUGAUGGUCAGGACAUUGAUUUGCUCAGCCAGGUCUGCUUGCAGGAGCUCUGAAGCUGUGAAGUGCUGCCAGUGCCAGUGUUGGCACUGUCACCAUGCUGGGCUGUGUGUGGCAUUGCUGAGUCCCACCCCAACCUCAAAACCUUGAACCAGGGGAGAAGCAUGGCUCUGGUUUGUUUGUGAUCCUCUGGGAUGCAGGAAGAGUGUGUGUGAGUGUAAGUAUUUAUUAUUAUUUAUUUGUAAUUGCCAGGGCACCUAAGGCAAGGACCUGAAUUUGGCCUUUUUUUUUGGAACUUUUAGUUGUGGCCCUGAGCCCACAGCUGGUUUGGUGAUCCUGGAGUGCUCCAGGACAUCCUGAACACUCCCUGGGGGCAGGAAAAACCUUUCCUACAUUCUUAAAUUCACAUUAAAAGGCUGAAGCAGGGCAUUUCACACCAGCUGAUGAAAAACUACCUUAAAGGACUGAUAAAAAUCAGCUGAAAAUCCCGAUUACCUUCUGCAGGUCCCCUGGGGCCAAAUUGCUGGGCUGUGGAUGCAGCUUGUGCCCUGUGAGUGAAGAACCUGAACUGCCCUGCAUGGCUCAGGAGGGCUCUGUCAGCUCAUUUGUGUUACACUGGCUUUUAGAGUAGUCCAAAGCUGUUCUUAUCACUGACUUUCUUCUUAUCAACGGCAUCUUCCAAGGGCUGGCAUCACCCCAGGGGCAGUGGCAAGCCUGGGGAUGCAGCACUGGGCAUUUUCCAUCCCUGGCACUGAGGUUUUUGCUGCUGUUUCCAUUGCAGCUGGGAAUGGAAACAGGAUUGGAGAGAAAAGAGGGUUUGUGUGUGUGUGUGUGUGUGUGUGUCCCUGUUCAAAACUGCUGAUGGUUAAUUAAUUAAAGAUAAGAAACCCUCCCUGUGUGCAAGCAGGGGAAAAAGCCAGGAGGAAAGUUCAAAUGUGUGGGUUUGGGGUUUGACAGUGCCUUAAUGUUGUGAGUUUCCCUCCCCUUGAGCAGAGAGCAGGAAUUCUGCUUUCAGCUCUGUCUGCUCCUGCAGGUGCUGCUCUGCUGGAGCCUGGUGUGUCACGAGCAUGCACGAGGCUGAAAUAAAUGUUCUAUGAGGUGUCUGAUCCAAGGGGAAUUUUGUUUUAUAAAAGCUGUCAACAAAUAAAAAAAUUGUGAAGUGAA